AUGGAUUCGUUAAUACAAACUAUAAACAAGUUACAAGACGUGUUCGCUGUGAUUGGUGAGCAUAAAAUCGAUUUACCCCAAAUUGUUGUCGUCGGAUCCCAAAGUUCCGGAAAGAGUUCAGUUCUUGAGAGUUUGGUCGGUAGAUCUUUCUUACCUCGAGGUACCGGCAUCGUAACUCGUGCACCAUUAAUCCUUCAAAUGAUUAGGUACUCAAAAGAAGACCGAGAUGCAAUGUUGAAAAUAACAAAAAAUGAUGAUAUUAAAGGCUGGGCAAGUUUUCUUCAUAAACCUGGUACCAUUUAUCACAAUUUUGAUGACGUUAGAUACGAAAUAGAAAAUCGGACCGAUGCUCUGGCUGGUGCCAACAAAGGUAUCACACAUGAGCCCAUUGUCUUAAAAGUUUUUACUCUUUUAUAUGAUCUAACUUUUGUUGACUUGCCUGGGAUUACCAAAGUACCUGUUGGCGAUCAACCAGAAGAUAUUGAUGAGCAGAUCCAAGAACUUAUUUUAAAAUAUGUGCAACAGCCAAAUUCUAUCAUUUUAGCUGUUGUUACUGCAAAUACAGACCCCUCUACAUCAGAAAGUUUAAAAAUAGCUAGAAAAAUGGAUCCGGAAGGGCAAAGGACAAUUGCUGUUGUCACCAAGUUAGAUCUUAUUGAUAAAGGUACAUUACAAGAUACAACAGAUCUACUUUGUGGUCAUAAAAUUCCGGUAAAACUUGGUAUUAUUGGAGUGGUUAAUAGAAGUCAGAAGGAUAUAAAUGACAAUAAAUCAAUGAAAGAAACAUUAAAAAGUGAAAAAGAUUUUUUAAGAUCAAAUUAUCCUGAUAUCUAUAAAAAGCAUGGCAACAAAGUUUUGGCUAAAACUUUACAAGAUAUUCUAAUUAAACAUAUCAAAAAAACCUAUCCAAUAUUGCAUAAAAACCUGCAAGACACUAAGACAAGACUUGAAAACGAGUUAAAAACAUUGCAAACACCCGACAGUAAGGUGUCUUUUAUAUUAGGUUUAUUAAAAGACAUAAGCAAAUCAUAUUGUGAAACAAUAAUGGGAAAUAGAAGAGAUGUUUCGGACAAAAUAGUAAUGGGUGGUGCGAGAAUUGCACAAAUUAUAAAUGAAGAAUAUUUGGAAAAAAUUAACAAUAUUGAUCCAUUACACGAUUUAACUGAUGAACAAAUUGGAAUAAUUUUAUUAAAUACUGCUGGAAUAACUAGUAGUUCUUUUGUGAAUGAAAAAGCAUUAGAAAAUAUGAUCUGCAGACAAUUAAAUAAUCUCAUAGAUCCAUCAAUGUCUAGUGUGGACUUUGUACGUGUAGAAAUGUUGAAGAUUUUUGAUUGCAUAGACGAAAAUAUUUUGGAAACAUUAAAAAGAUUUCCCAAGAUAAAUUCUGAUGUAAGAAAUGUCCUUCACAAAAUGUUGGAUGACAAAUUAACAAACAUAAAAGAAUUUAUAAAGUCUUACAUUGAGACAUACCAAACUUGUUUAAACACAACCAAUCCAAAUUUUUUAUUUCAAUUGGUGAAAUCAUCUACCGAAAUGCAAGAGUCAUUUAUUACAUCAUAUAUGGGCAAUCCCAAAGGCGAUUCGAUAAAAAUCAACGUGGAUUCAGAGGAUGAGGAAAACUUAAAAUUACAACAAUUUAAACAAAUGUUAUCUGGUUUAAAUGAUUUAGAUACCACUAUUGAAACAUCAAAGCAAGUGAAAAUCCACCGUUGCUUAACGCAGUGCUAUUUUGAUUUCAUAAGAGAAAUCAUACGAGACUUUGUACCCAAGCGUAUUCAUCACAAAAUGGUGAAAUUAAUUUUGGAUGAUUUUGAACAUCAUUUGGAUGAAUUCGUUUUUACUCCAUAUGUUUUAAACCGUUCAUUUGAUGAAGUACUUGUAGAAGAAGAUGGUGUGAUAGAAGAUAGAAACAGGGUUGUGAAGUUGUUGGACGCUGUUAAUCAAGCUUUAAAAAAUAUGGUUGAUAUUCAGUGUUAUUGA